GUCACUGUUGUGAAGAAUGAAGAAGGUGGUAAUUCUGUAUCUACUGUACUUCUACGAGGGAGUACUGACAGUAUAUUAGAUGACCUGGAAAGAGCAGUUGAUGACGGAGUGAACACUUACAAGGCAAUGUGUAAGGAUAGCCGCAUUGUUCCUGGAGCGGCAGCUACUGAAAUUGAGUUAGCUAAGAGAGUAAAGGAAUUCUCUUUUACAGAAACAGGAUUGGAUCAGUACGCAAUAGCAAAAUUUGCUGAAAGCUUCGAGAUGGUGCCUCAAACGCUAGCUGAAAAUGCUGGGCUUAAUGCAAUGGAGAUCAUAUCUUCUCUAUAUGCUGAACAUGCAUCAGGAAAUACCAAAGUUGGCCUCGACUUGGAGGAAGGCCGUUGCAAAGAUGUGUCAACUCUUAAUAUUUGGGACCUCCACAUAACUAAGUUCUUCGCUCUCAAGUAUGCUGCAGAUGCUGCCUGCACUGUUCUACGGGUGGAUCAGAUUAUAAUGGCAAAACCAGCAGGUGGCCCUAGUAAGAGAGAUCAGCCUGCAGGGAUGGAUGAGGACUAAUUUUGUGUGUAUGACAAUUGACUGUCUUUGCUUGUGUUAGGGAUCUUUUGUUCCAUUUUAGUAACAAUUUUGUUUAGGAGAAAAAGAAACUUAUUGCAGUUCAUGCUUUGUAAAUGCUACUUUUCUGUUACAAUGGACACAUGGUAUGCCCUUGUUGGGUAGGUUUGGAUUGAAACGAUGAUCGGGUGCUUGAGCCAUGUUUAGUGAGAAGCUUGAAUGUAUUUUCUUUUCUGUUG